AUGGCAAAUUGUGGCAUCAAUAUGGUGUUUCAUCACGGCUCAAUGUUCCAUCACGAAUCUACAACUUCUUUAGCCAAACCCAUGACACUACGCGCAAGCUCUCAUUUGCUUUCUGCAACCUAUCCUGUCACAAGUACCAGCAAACCCCUCUGUCGGCGGUGCAGCUGCAAAACGAAACGGCUUGUUGUAAGCUGUUGUUCUAUCAGCGAGUUUGUUGUUUCCAGUGAUGAGAAAUAUGGCAAUAAGCAGGUUAUUAGUCUCACGCCUCGUCUUUAUGAUUAUUUGCUCCAAAAUGUUCGAGAACCAGAGAUUCUAAGACUACUGCGAGUGGAGACGGCGUCUAUGCGCGGAAGUCAGAUGCAGGUGUCUCCUGAUCAGGCACAGCUACUUGCAAUGCUUGUGCAGAUUCUUGGAGCCGAAAGGUGUAUUGAAGUUGGUGUUUAUACUGGUUACUCAUCACUAGCCAUAGCAUUAGUCCUGCCAGAAUCAGGUCGCUUAGUUGCCUGUGAAAGAGAUGCCAAAUCUCUUGAUGUUGCUAAGAAGUAUUAUCAACUUGCUGGUGUUUCACAUAAGGUUGAUGUAAAACUUGGACUUGCUGCGGAUUCCCUAGAAUCUCUAAUUAUGAAUGGUGAAGUAGGAAGCUAUGACUUUGCAUUUAUCGAUGCUGAGAAAAGGAUGACUGAGAAAUAUUUUGAGAUGCUACUACAACUGGUGAGGGUUGGAGGUCUUAUUGUAAUUGAUAAUGUCCUUUGGCAUGGAAAAGUUGUUGAUCCAUUGGUAAGUGACUCUAAAACUAACAGCAUUAGAAAUUUUAAUGAACGAUUAAUGGGAGACAAGCGCGUAAGCAUCAGUAUGGUGCCUAUUGGAGAUGGGAUGACAAUCUGUCGGAAAAGAUGA